UCAUUUUUUUGGUCUACGGUCGGAAUAUAAACUUCUGGACGCUGAAAAGUUAGAAGCAGAGAGCUCGAUAAGAAUCCAACACCUUACCCAUCAUCACUCAGUCACUGAAGAAGAGAAAUUUUUCCAAAAUCAACAAAAAGAGCCCCUCGCAGAAUGCGGAUCUACGUCUCAUAACAUAAUUCUUAAAGCUUGUUUGGCGAUUCAUACGGUGUUCACUAUCAACGAUUGAUUUUGAUGGUUCUUUUAAAUUGGGAAUCGCACAUAUGAGGGAGGUGAAUGAACACAUGAUCGGACGGAACGGGUGCAUCCAUCAAUUGUUUCAGUAAUUAUAUUACUGGUGCUGCUGCAGAGCAAGGAUCAAACUUUGGUUGAUUUGAGUUUGCUAAGACAAAGGAUGAGUUCACCCACACACCUUUUUACAUUUUUAUUACCAUCUUACUUUCUAUCUUUCUUUUUAUAUCAUAUUCUGAGAAUGAUAUAGGGUUUUCUUUAGUUGUUCUGUCUUGAUUAAUUGCUUUGAUUUCUAUUGCUUCCCUACUUCUGUGCUUCAUACGGAGUUCCUUUUUUUUUCCCGAUAUCACUUGAUGGCACUUUUAUUGGCAUAUUCAGCUUCUCUUAUAUCUCUCUUUCGCACUUUGGCGUUUAAACCCUAUCAGAUCACCUCAUUAGACACUCCACCAUCCACUAUCUACGUUUACAGUGACAGGCCCCAAGUCCACAUUAUGCCACCCUUGCAGGAACCUUAAUGUUGCUUUACACAAUUUGUUUACUGGUAAAGGACUGAACAUUCAUGCCGACAAAUUUCCUUUUUGAUGGGUCUUUAGCCAAGCAUGCCUAGAGCUAAAUGCUAUUACAGUUUAUCACCAUUUCCCUAGUGAAUAAGCUUAUUUGUAGUUUUGCUUCUCGUUGGGAACCUGUAUUGUAGUGGGAGUUAGAUCUAGUUGGGCACCAUGUUCGCUUUUAACACCUUUUGCCCUUGGAUUUCUUAAUGUAAUUAUAACCAUGAUGAUUAUUUAAUGUGCUGAAGAUGUAAGCUUAUUGUUUUAUUCCAUGCAUUUGUUAUUGUUUAUAUGCCAUUUUCUUUGGGUUGUCCUUGAAAUUUGAGUUUAUUGUCUGGUUGAUUACUUGGUUCAAUACCUAACUUUCAGUUCACUGGCUGGCUGCUUAUACUUAUGGUGGUAUGCUGCAUUGGUUUUGCAGUUGUGACUGCUAUAUAUUGAUGUGGAUGGAGAAGACAUUAUUCUUAUUGCUGUCCUUUGAUUGCAUUAGUUAUGCAGUUGUGACUGCUAUAUAUCGAUGUAGAUGGAGAAGACAUUAUUCUUAUUGCUGUCCUUUGAUUGGAUAUGUGCUGAUUGGCUUAGGGAGUUAUUGGACAAUUGUUUGUGCGAUGAUAAGUGAUUGUGGUGUGCUUAUGGUACUAAAUUGGACGGUCAUUAUACAUAUCCCUGCUUAUUACAUGCAUCGAUAAGACAAGAAGUCCAAAGAACAGAGACUACAGUGUUGCCAAUGUUGACAUGUACUUGGACAAGAAAUAUGGUGACUAAGUUCACAACCUGGCUUCUAUACCCUCUGUGUGGAUGAUCUUAGAGUGAUUAGGUUCUUUGAUACUGGAGGUUUGGUUAGCAGGUGUUCAGGUCAACUGGUAUUGGCCUUUCCUGGAGCCAUUUGAAUUGCCUUUAUUUGACUGCAAAAUCUGGGCCUUGCACGAAGGAUUAGCUUUAGCCUUUUUUUGAUAAAAGGAUUACUGUUAGCUUCUCAUAGCACAAUGUCACUCAUUUGCAGCCUAAAUCUGUUUCUUUCACGUGGUUUCACGUUCUUUUAUACAGGACAUCUGUAGAAUGACCUGUCCUUAACAACUACCUCAAUUUGUACCUUCGAAUGUCCUCGGUUAAGUGUCUUUUACAUUGGUUAGCAAGUAUAUUAGCUGAUUGUAGGAUGAUGUGCUAUUCCAUUCACUGAGUGCCUUGCACUGGACUCUCUUCAUAUAUAUAUAUUUUUGUCCCUUUUUAAGAGAUUGCAAAAGUUGCUGCGCACACUUGCCUAAUAGAAAGUAUCUGUAUGAAAUCUCACUGAUGAUAUAUUCUGCUUCUGAACCUGCAAUAUCUAAGUUUCCCUGAGAAAGUGAUAGAAGCUAUUAGUGGUUUGCACCAUCUAUGCCAUCAAAUGAAUUUGACGUAGACUGCAUCAACUAUCAGCAGUUACCCAUUGUAACUGAUGCUUCCUGUUACUGCACAGAUCAAGAUACCAGAGAUCCAAUUGUCAUUUUGAAUGUCAUAUAGAAGUUGCUCUCAUUCUGUAGCAUAUAUUUGCGUGUGAGAUAUAGCUUUGUUUUUGCAGGAAAGCUGCUGAAAGAAUCUCCAUACUUCACUCUGAAGUUAGGUGAUGUUUAUGGAAAGAGUUUCCUUACCACUUCUUAAUGUUUGAAUUCUUGUUGCUUGCUAUUCUAUCUUGCAAGUGUGGCCUACAAAAUGAACUUCUUUGUUGUAAAUUCAUAUGAAUUCUCGUUAGGAUUGAUUGUCAAGCCAACCUUUUAUUUUCAAUUCUUAUUUGUAUCAAACAAAUCUGAAUCCUUCUACUUGGAUUUCACGGUAUGAAAACUACAAAGUAUAUUCUGAUUCUCUUCUCCAAAUUCCAUGUGACUCGGUCUGAUAUUUUGUGGAAAUUGAUAAAGAGUGGGGUGGAUGUAUGGUCGUUAACCCACCAAGGAUUUUUUAAGCGAUUUCUGCAAAAUUGGACGACUAAUCCAGGAAGAAAAAUUAGCAAAAACAUCUACAUCUCCUAUUAAACAACAACCAUGGUGGUCCCUGGCGAGUCAAUUCCAACCCAACUAGCGCAACCUCGCGCGGUCGUGCGAUUUCGCUCGAUUAUUAUUAUUACGACUAUGUCGAGUGUUUCAAGGAACGGUUUAUUUUGGAAAACAUUAGCUAGGGAGGGAAAUGGAAAUGGAAUUGGAAUUGCAAUGCAGAGGACUCCGCUGGUUCAAUGCAAGAAACAUUGUGGAGUAAGAAAGCACAGGAGACACCCGAAUAUGAAAUUGAAGAGGAAAAUAAAGGCUACGAUUAGGCGACUGAGAGCGGAAAUGGUGGAAAUUGGGGAGGAACAACAAUGCAUAAAAGAUGGACAGAGUCAAGUGAGGAAGAAGUAUGAGGAGAUUGAGGCGGAGCGAGAGCAACUCAAGAGGGAAACAGAAGUCAUUGCGAAGCAGAGUGCUAGCAUCCAAGUGCGUCUGAAUUUGAUGUUCAGAAUCUUGAAAGCAAGAGCACAAAAUGAUUCUGUUGGAGUAGCCCAACUUACUCAGUCACUACGUGAGUUAGUAGCGAAGCAGAAUGAGCCAAUGCAGUGACUUAGUGAUGUUACAACUAAUAAUCUGCACUGCCUUUCAGUUGAUUGUAUCAGAUUUAAGUACCAAUGUCAUUUGGGUUGUUCUUGCACUCUUUCCAUCAAAUAUUAUUGCAAUCCUUUCAAACAAGCUUUUUUAUGCUAUAACGAUUCCCGACCAUUUGUA